GGCGCGGGGCGGACUUUUAAAGAGACUUUCUCCACCCGGCUGGCUCGCCGCGGGGCUGCUGGCGGUGACGGCGGGGUGGCCUCGGGAGUCGGGAUCGAGGAGGCAGAGGAGGAACAGGGCUGUGUGAGCCCCCGGAGGUGACCGGGGGGAGAGGGGCUGUGGAAAUACCCUCGCAGGGCAAUAGCGGGACGACUGUCCCGAGGAGCUACACGGGAGAGGGGGCAUUACCUUCUGCGUGGGGGAGCCGGGGCUCCACGGGACAGUCGGGGGGUUAAGAGGGAUCACAGGCCCGGCUUGGGACAGUUACCCUUCUUUCCACUCCCCGCUGUCAGCAUUCUGCCACCUCCCUACCGGGGUGCUCAGCCAUGGCCAGACCUCCUGCGCCCGGUUCAGUGAUUGUCCCAGACUGGCAUGAGAGUGCCGAGGGCAAGGAGUACCUGGCCUGCAUCCUGCGCAAGAACCGCCGGCGGGUGUUUGGGCUGCUUGAGCGGCCAGUGCUGCCCCCGCCUGUUGCCAUUGACACUGCCAGCUACAAGAUCUUUGUGUCUGGGAAGAGUGGUGUGGGCAAGACGGCAAUGGUGGCCAAGCUGGCUGGCCUGGAGGUGCCCGUGGUGCAUCACGAGACCACAGGCAUCCAGACGACCGUGGUAUUUUGGCCGGCCAAGCUGCAGGCCAGCAACUGUGUCAUCAUGUUCCGCUUUGAGUUCUGGGACUGUGGGGAGUCUGCACUCAAAAAGUUCGAUCACAUGCUCCCGGCCUGCAAGGAGAACACAGAUGCCUUCCUCUUCCUCUUCUCCUUCACGGACCGCGCCUCCUUCGAAGACCUCCCUGGGCAGCUGACCCGAGUCGCAGGCGAGGCCCCGGGCGUUGUCAAGAUGGUCAUCGGCUCCAAAUUUGACCAGUACAUGCACACGGAUGUGCCGGAGCGUGACCUCACAGCCUUCCGGCAGGCCUGGGAGCUGCCCCUGCUGCGGGUGAAGAGUGUGCCGGGGCGGCGGCUGGCCGAUGGGCGCACGCUGGAUGGGCGGGCUGGGCUGGUCGACAUUGCCCAUGUGCUCAACGGCCUCGCCGAGCAGCUGUGGCACCAGGACCAAGUGGCAGCUGGCCUGCUUCCCAACCCCCCAGAGAACACCCCUAGGUAAAGGGUGGUGGCGCCAUGAGUGGGCACCUGUGGUCCCACUGCCAACCCUCAAGUGACCCAGGAUGGAGGACAGGACCCCAGGCCUAAGGCUGGGGCACAGAUACUGACCCCAUCCCGAGGACUGGCCGGAGGAAGAUGUGGUCUAAGGCCCCAGCCCCAGCAGGGCUUUCCCUGCAGAAUUCUUGGCAGUGAGGCAGGGGCACAGGCCUGGGGCAGGGGUCUCCUCAGCCUCCGCCGCCCUUCUGCCUUCGGCAGCAUCCUGGAGGGCAACUGGGGAGGGAGCUGCCUCAGCAGGGCCCUGGACCUCAAGCGACUUGAAUCAAAGCACCGGAUUAGUUGAGGUGACACCACCUGCUGCAACAGAUAAACCCUGA